CGCACAAGUUCGAUUUUUACAAGUGGAAAAUAAUACGUCAAACAUGGAGAAUAAGAAAUUGUACGCUCUGUGCCUGAUGGCGUUGGUGAUGGGUCAGACUCUGGCGCUGCCGCAGCUCGUGCAGCAGCAAAAUCAGCAGCUGCAGAAAUCGAUCGAGGCCUCGGCCCGAAAAUUCGCAGAGAAGCCAAACGCAUCGAAGAAGGUACCGCUCGAUGACAUUGAAGAUAUCAGCACUAAUUCCAUUCAAGAGAGCGGCGGAAACGGUUUCUCUUGGGGCAGUGUGCUCGGAAUGCUGAUGCAGAUGCUGCUCGGUCAAGGAGGCGCCGUCGCCGGUCCCAGCAAAAACGACAUCGACGAGGGCGUGCCCUCGAGCCCUUGGGCCAACUUCUUGUCCGUGGGAUUGAGAGUACUAACGGCGCUCCUUGGAGGACCUCAGCAGCAGGGCGACGGCAUCGAUAAGGUUGACAAUGGAGCCGCCAGUCCUAUGCAGGAAUUGUCGAGCAAUAUAUUGAGAAUGGUGCUGGGCGCGUUUCUGGGACAGGGAAGGAAUCCAGAUCAGGUGGCUACGAUAGCCAACCAAGCGAGUGAGUUCAUCCAUAUAGUCAUCAAUCUGUUGGACGCUCUGAAAACGUCCUUCUCGCAUCGUUCUCUCCAGGCUCGAUCGCUCGGAAGGAAGGACACAGUCUCCGAAGCAGCAGCUGCGUCAAUAACUAUGCUCAAGGGUUACGUAAGGUCAAUGAAAGCCUUUAGCGGCUACGGGCGUAAAGAGGAAGAGGGUCAACGGGGAUGUGCCGAACGUGCUCUCUGUGAAGCAAGCGCCGAAUGUGCAGCUGAUACCCAUGGAAACACCUCGAUCUUCUGUCAACUUGGAUCAUACGCAACGAGUUACAUGCUUCAGCGACAGAGCGGAGUUGGUUUUGAAGCUCUUUACGACGCAGGUCGAAGAGGUCGAAGUGGCGAGGACUGUCGAACACUAUUCCUCGAUUGUAACGCCGUUUAAUACCUUUCAUUGUGAAAAAAAUUUUCAUCGUCAUUGUUGUAUGCGGGGAAAAAAUAAUUUCGGUAU